AUGCAGGUAAUACAGGCAGAGAAGCAGCCACUCACUUCAAUGCCUGCCUUGUCCAACAUUGCAAAUGCACCCGGCAUGAUCCGUCUCGGAUGUACUUUGGAAUCGCCUGCUGCUGAUUAUUUACUCUCUGUGGACCCCACUGUCCAGAUCAUUCUUCCGCGAACCAUGAAACCUGAGGGUUCAGGCAGUGGCGGAAACAGACGUCGCCAGUCGUUGUCGUUCUCGUCUCUUCGCCCGUUUAGGACUAGAAGACCAUCGACACCUCCCACUUGUGAAGAAAGUGCCCACUACCCCGUCUUCGAUCCGCGAAACCCGCGGCACAACCCUUCACUUGCGCAGGGUGACUACUAUCCAGCUGGGCCCUCAAAUCCUUCGAGGUCGGUUCGCUGGAUGCAAAGCUUGCACAAAAAGUCCAUUCGAAAUUCGGGUCUUCUUUCCUUCCGGCCCGGGUUUCGCAGACGUCCCAUUCCAGCAAGCCAUAGUGAUGAUAUACCUAGCCUUUGGUCGUCCACAGAUUCCAAGGGCUCCUCAGACCAGCAGGGCACGCUCUACUCGUCAACUGUGUCAGAAGCUAGUACAGAGGAAGAUGUUGAAUUUGGUACUGACCUACAGCGCAUCAGCUGCAACUACCCGCCUGAGGCGGAUGGCAACAUGGACAGGUAUCUACGAAGUCUGCCGGGCCAACUUGUAUGGGAAGAUGGUACAGUCUCCUCAGAGUCAACCGUUGUGCCUCAUCGGGAAACUGGGGAGUCUCUUAAUUUGAGGUUCUCAAAUGCUCAAUCGUCAAAGCCGUCUAACAAUAAAGAUAUUGGAACGGAGUCUCCUAAUGUGGCGUCUACAGAUGGCACCGGGGGAGACAACUCUCAGCCAAUGGAUCCGACCUCACCCUCCCGCAACCCUAGCGAGUCGUACUUUUCGCAAGCAGCAGGUAGUGAGACCGGGGGUCUGUGCAUCACAGCUCCUGUUCCAUCCAACAGUGGCACUCCCGAGCCACAGUUGCCAUCUGGAACAGUCGAUAGUGACAGGGAUGGUGCAGCCAGCGCGAGCAGACCAAGCAAUCUUUCGGUGCCAAUCAUCGAAACUGGCAGCUCCAGACCCGUUGGGACGAGCGCUAACAUGACAUCCUACGUCUCAAACUCACAAAUUACGGAUGCUGAGUUGGCUAUAGAGUCUUUGGAGCUGUGCCAAAAGCUAGAGUUGGGUGAAAACCACGAUAGAGAGCGGGACGUGACACACGAAGCUUGCGAGAUUGCUGGACAUUCAGCCAGUCACUCACCAGGGGCAGUGGAUUCGACCAACAGCCACUCCCCGGCAACGCCAUCAACUGGAUUCCUCGAGUUGUCGAAUCAUGGUGGUGACAUACCUCGCAUUACCAUUGAUAUGCGCGUUACUUCAGGACAGGUGCAGGAGGGAGCCGGUAAUCGCACUGUUCGCUGCAAUGAUUCGACAGAAAAUAUCCCCUUAAUCCCGGCUAGAGCAGAGGAUCGUCUGAGUGAACAUAGUGCCGAUGCUUCGGUCUUGCGCAGCCAAUCGUCUCAGGACGACCUGGCGUCGCUGCUAGCAUUGCGAGACGAGUACUUCCUAGUGGACAAAUCCAACGAUCUCCGUCCGGAUAGGGGGAACAAUGCCACCAAAGCGGAGCGAAGCUUCAGCGGUGAUGGGUGCUUGUACAGUGGGCCAGGGCUCGACCGCAACUCGUCGACCAGAGUGCGUGAUAUCCCCGAGAUCAUUGGCCCGCGCACGCCCGUCCAGGUACGUGGCACUCGGCCGUUCCGACGCGAGUAUAACACCAGCGAUUCGGACGAGUACCUUAUGACAUAUCCGGCUAUCGACAGACACUACUUUUCGUGA